AUGUUUCCACUUUUCCUCACAUUUCUCAUCGCAAGCGCUACCAGUCAGUUCACACAGGACGACAAAAAUGAGAUCGUUGAUUAUCACAACAAUGUUCGCUCGUUGAUCGCUUUGGGACUUUACAAAGCCGGUUCGCAAACGUUUCCGCCGGCCACAAAUAUGAUGAAAAUGAAUUGGUCUUCCACUCUCGAGCAAUCUGCACAAAACUGGGCGAACGGGUGCAAAUUCCAGCAUUCGGGUACGAAUGGAGUGGGCGAAAAUCUGUACAUGGUUUAUGGAUCGAAUCAGAUUCCGAUCAGAGGCCAAGGGAAAGCAGCGAGCGCCUCGUGGGAGAAGGAAUUCCAGGAUAAUGGAUGGCCUCAGGUUCCCUAUUUUGACAACACCGUUUUCAACUCGGGAAUUGGACAUGCCACACAGCUUGCCUGGGGCAAUUCGAAUCAAAUUGGUUGUGGUGCGGCACAAUGCAAUGGGGGAAAACAAGUGAUUGUCGUCUGUCAGUACACGAAACCCGGCAACUACUUGAAUCAGAAUGCGUGGGCAGUCGGUACUCGUUGUGCUCAAUGCCCAAUAACAUCAACGUGUGACCCUCGAUUGGGACUCUGUCAA